AGAGACAGUGUGAAACUGCAAGAUGAAAGCAGCGAAUUGUGUGACACUCCUCGUGUUUCUCUCCCUGUGUGUGCAGAGGAGGAUGGCACAGGCGGCAGCUUUGCCAGAUCCAUCAGGUACGGAUGUCUGUCCUCCAACAGAGGACGGAGUGCUGGGAAGCUGCGGCAUCACCUGUGAGCAAGAUGAAGAGUGCACAAAUAAUAUGACCUGCUGCCCUAACACUUGUGGGACGAAAUCCUGCACAAAGAUAGAUUAUCCUAUUACAGAACUACCUCUAGUAUCUGGAAAUAAGACUACAGUAAGAGCUUCCUCUGCAAGCAAUUACACCUUUAAUUAAAAAAAUAUAUAACGCCACCUAAUACUGGACUCAGUCGUAGAAUCUAAAUGAAGGCAAAGAGGAGAAUAAACCUGUUGCAAAUCAUGAUUAAAGGGAGUCUGUCAGCAGUUUUAAAGAUGCUAAACUGAUGACAGCACUAGAUUGCAGCUGGGCAGAGCAGGACAAACAUACUGUACCUUUUAUUAU